AUGGGAUCAGCGUUGCUGCACUUCGGUAUUGAAGCAGGUGAAUCGACUCGGGUCGGGAUAGCGGGUCUGAAUUCAUCACGUUACAUGAUCACUCAAUAUGCUCUACUGAGCUAUUCGAUUGUUGCGGUUCCACUCUACUACAACUACAAAUUCGAUGCGUUAUGGUAG